AUGAAACUAUUAGAAGACGUAGCAAAAGGAGAAUAUGAAAUCAAGGUAUUACAAGGUGACAGAGUUAAAAUACAACCAAAAUCAGCUGAAUCAUACUCCACCAUUUAUAAAGAACUAAAGGCUAAAGAUACCGAAUUUUAUAGUUACCAACCAAAACUAGACCGCAGUUUUAGAGUUUUGCUAAAACAUCUACACCAAUCUACAAACAAAGAGGAUAUAAAAAUAGCUAUUGAGGAACUUCACCACAAAGUAGUAAAUGUCUGGAACAUCCAAAACUCAAGAACAAAACAGGCGCUACCAAUGUGA